UCUCAAGCCGGACCUCAUCGCCCCGGGUGUGUGCCUCUUUGGGGCUGCUCCCGGCACCGUGGCCAAAGCCAAGAUGAAAAGCGCAGCAGUAGCUAUGGCUUCGGGUACAGGUGUCGCUGCGUCGAUCACUGCUGGAUUGCUGCUCUGGUGAUGCAGAGUAACCCCGCUUGGACCCCCGCGGAAGUGAUGUCAGCCAUGCAGACCACUGCUGAUACUGUCAGUAAUAAGGGGGGACCUAUCAAGGAUGCGUAUGGCGCGGAUGCCACCCCGUGGGCUAUGGGCCAGGGGCAUGUGAGUGCUGCGAAGAUGGUAGAUCCGGGGUUGGUCUACCCGGCCAACAGCGAGGAUUUUUACAAUUUUCUGGCGGGGCAGGAUGCGACGGAAGCAGCGCAAGUCAAGCCCGCGGAUCUCACUCUGGCGCCGAUUCCCGCGUAUAAUCUGAACCGGGCGUCGAUCUCGGUGUCGCGGCUUCAGGGCAGUGUGAUUGUGAAGAGGCGGGUGACUAAUGUGGGCGGCGUGAAAGCAACGUAUACUGCGGCUGUCGUGGCGCCGAGUGGGGUUGACGUGACGGUUCAGCCGAGCACGUUUGACAUCGAGCCGGCGGCGACAGUGAGCUUUACUGUGACUUUAACGCCCACGGCUGUUUCUGAGGAAUUUGUGUUUGGGAGCCUGACGUGGGAGGAUGGGACGGGGCACUCUGUGAGGUCGGUGAUCGCGGUUCAGCCUCUUGCGUUGCCGGCUUGAAGCCGCCCAAGUCCCUCCCAAGUUGCAAGGCGCGAGUGCUUGAACCAGGGUGCAUGCAUGUAUCUGUUAAGCUAAGGUAGGUAGCUAGGAAGCCAUGGAAAUGGCGUGAGGUUUAGCUAGGGGAAAGUUACGAGAGGAAAGAGAGAAACACUAGGAAGAGAGAGGCAUACAAGGAGGGAGUUGUACCCUCUACAGUAGAGUUCGGUAACCUACCAAGCCUACCAAUUACAUAACACAAUAUAUAAUUUAACAGUAUCAUGUACUCGGCAGGUAAGAGCUUCUUGCAUGGUGCUGUGAGAGGGCAGUGGCGCUUUGGGUGGUCUGCUUUGGGCCCGUUAGUGCCACAUUAUUGUUGCUUGAGUGUG